CGCAGAAGGCGGGGAACGAGAUGUCACACCUAGGCGGGCGGAAGUGGAGGCUCGCGGAGAGAGGGAGUGAGGGGGCAGAAGGAGGGGGAAGUAGCGCCCCCUCUCGUUGCCAGGGUAACAGGACCAGGUAAGCUUCCCCCCCCAUUCCGCCCUCCCCGCUUUCUCUCGUGUCUCCUUCCCCCCUUCAUUUGGGGGGCCACGUUUUGAGUCCUUUCCCGCCCCCCAAGCAUGGACCGGCCCCCACUUUUCUCUGCCCCCACCCUAGUCCUAGAAGUGGGUGGUAGGGAUCUCGCUUCCUGUUAACCAUUAUUGGGGGUUGGGGUGGGGGGCGUUGGGGGGGGCGGGUUGGUGCUGCGGUUUUUAGAAGUAUCGCCUGGAUUUUCUCUCCUGUUACUAUUAUUAUUCAUUUUUGCAGGCGGAGGGAUCGACGAUGGCUGUAACUUAACCGCUCGUCGAGGCCAGAGCAACCCCGGAAGCCCAACGCCAUGGAGGACGCUGGGUGUGAGACUGGAGAUCUGUCUGGACGCAAGCCAGCUUGCCCUGAUUUGGGCAGGACUGUUCCGGGUACUGGCAGCCCUUGUAUGGCGAAGGAGAGCAGCUCCGUCUCAGGCGGUGCUGAUGCAGGAAGCGACCUGCUAGCCGCCGGCCAGGUCUCCCAAGAGGGCUGCAGUUGCGAAGGUUGCCCCGGCAAAGAGGGGCUGGUUUUGGAAGCUCCAGAGUCUGCUGGAGAAGCUGGAAUUUGGGGCGAGGAGGAGGAGGGUGCUAGAGGAACCGAAACCACUUGGAAGAAAAGGAGCGAUCAAGAUAACGGCAACUUGCACUUUGCUGGCGACAGUGAAGCUGGCUCUUGUAAUUGUCAAGGAGAUAUCCCCGAUCUCUCCGAAACUUAUUCAGAGAAGGGGAAUGGCUUGUGUGGUUUCACUUGCCAGCACUGGCUUUCGGCCUCCAAGGAGAAAGGCCCGUCCAAGUUACCACAAGGUCAGGAGGAAGACGUUGAAGAUGAUGCGGCAUCCAAGGCCAAGGAGGAGGUCCCAGACUGUACUCGGGCUCCUGGUGGAAGGAAGUUUGCCCGGCAGCAAAAGCACCAUUCUGCAGCCAAGGGCGAAGGGCGUUUUGCACUAUCUGGGGGAAAGCACAGGCAGGCCAGGAAGAGGAGUGACGGUGGGCGGCACCAUGACGUCCAAGUCCAGCUGCUCAAACAUCUGGAGGGGUUAGCUUCCUUCUGUGUCUCCUGCUUCAAACUCUUUAUCAGCCUGAUUGUGCAGGUCACCCACAGGUGUGGCGAGGGUGUGGAAGCUGGUGGGAAGCUCCUGUACUCGUGCUGCUCCUUAAGCGCUCAUGAUCUGGAUACCAUCCGAACCAGCAUGCGGACUUGGAUCCAGCAUGCAAGGCUGGGCUGCAGGAAAGUGACGUGGUGGCUGGGCUCGUGGCUUAGUGUGGCUUACCGCCUGCUUAAGAUGCUAUGUGCUAUACUCUUUCUGGUGCUCAUGCUUCUCCUGGGUAGCCUGAGACUCUGCUGGCGGGUCUCUAAAUCAGCCCUCUUCAGUGUCUUGGGUAGAUUGGCCCACACCAGUCACGGAGCCUGGAUUGUCUCAGCCGUUGACCUGCCCCAAGUUUGGGCCCUCUUUAAAGAAAGCAGGACUUGCAAGUGGGCAGCCGGCCUGCUGCUUAAGUGGCAAACCCUCCUUUGGAUGCCCAAAGGAUUAAGGACCAGCCAGCCAGGGGACACUGCUUAUAAUGGGUCUCCUGGAGGAUCUGAGCCAUACCAGCCUGGGGAAGAGGUGGCACGCUUGCUGGCUAUGGCACAUACCCCCGAAGAAGAGCUUAACCCUUUCCAGGUCUUGCGCUUGGAGGCAACUGCAUCGGAUGCUGAGCUGAAGAGAGCCUAUCGGCACUUGGCAGUACUGGUGAGCACAUUCCUUUUGAGCUGGAGGAAGACGAUUGGGUGUCUUGAGAAAGGUGCCAUCAUAUUUCUCUGCUGCCUUGGGUUGGCAUGUGCUUGCAAUUCACGAAUACCGCUGUGUUCACUACGUGGAUUUGCAAAGCUACUGCUGGUUUUCUUCAAGGUGCAGCGGUGCAGACAGAGGCCCCCUCUGCUUCUGGUUGGCCCAGUUAGCAGUUUAAUGUGGGUUUGUGUGGAGUGGGAGGUUCAGAUGAUAUUAUCCAGCCAGUUUGUUCAACAGUGUCUCUCGCUUGUAGGUUUAGCAGUUCUUUUGCUUCCUCUUGCCUCAUCUGCCAUGCCCUGCUGCACACUCUAGGGCCUUCAAGAUUACUGUGCUACUUGGAGGGACAAAGUUUUGCUAAUCCUUUCUUUUAUCAGGCUGGCAUGAUCACUGUCAGCAGCUUCCUUGUCCAGGCCAUUGUGAUGAGUAAUCACUCUGCUGGUUUUUCUGCUUCAGGUAUCAAGCAGCAGUAUGCUGGGAAGCCAGGUUAAACCUGUCUUGACUUAAUGCCUUCAGGUGGUAAACUUUCCGCCUAGUUCCUAGGGCUGGAAAAUUACCAGCCUGAAGCUUUAAGGAUGCAAAUCUGCUCCCUUUCGCCCAUCCCAAAAUGAGUUAAAAGGGCAACUGAACUGCAGUAGUGCAAUGUUGAUGUGGGGCCAUGGGCUGACAUGGAGUGGACUCAGACUUCAGGCCCUGUCUUCACUGGGAACUGCUAAUCUGUCUCACUGACCACAGGGGCUGGCCUCAUUUGUGACAAGGAUUGAUUUUAAUCAAAAGCAGUUGUAUCUCGUUCAUUCCUUGUUAUGAUUGGGUAUGGCUACAUUGGAGGAAGCAUGUCUCUCCAGUCUGAGCUUUUGAACAGAAAACAUGCCAGUAUUAAGAAAACAUGCCUGUAUUAAUCGGAAGUCCUGGUUCAAGUUUCUGCCACUCUUAUUCUGUCGAUCUGUAUGGGAUAUGUGGAUGAUAAUGCCGGUCUACAUUACAAGGUGCCUAUUAGGAUUACUGAGUUAAUGAAUAAAGAAAUUGGCAGAGUAUAUAGAAUUGGCCAGCAUGACAACAAAAAUUAGAGGUCAGGGAGAAACACAGCUGAGGGAGGAAUGGGAAUUAUGUAUAGAUUAUCUAAAGAGGUACAGCAACCAAAUAAAUCUGCAUGUAGGAAUUGACAUAUAAGCAGAUGUCAAGGAAAUAAACAACUAUCUGACUUUCAGAAGACAUCUGAAGGCAGUCCUGUUUAGGGAAGUUUUUAAUGUUUGAUGUUUUAUUGUGUUCUUAAUAUCCUUUUGGAAGCCGCCCAGAGUGCCUGGGGAAACUCAGCCAAAUGGGCGGGGUAUAAGUAAUAAAUUAUUAUUUAUUAUUUAUUAUUAUGGAGCAGUAAUUACAAACUAGGUUAACAAACAGAACGAUUAUGGGUGGUAAUUUCCUGGCUAAGGAUAUGCAGCAUAAAAAGGAAAAACAGGAAGCCACGGUGGGGUGGGAAGUCUAAAGGGAAUAGAUGGAUAAAAAUAUGUAGGAUAUGCAUGUAUGUACUGAACUCUGGGAAAAUACAAAUUAAAAAAAUAUAUAUAUAAAUAAAAAGGAUUAUUGCGUUCUUGUAUAUGAUGUGCUUUUCCCAUGGGCUGAAAAAACUAAAUGCUAUUGAUGCCACAAUAUAGGCAUUUUCUGACUUUCUGUUUGUUUUUGGGAUGGGGUGGGGUGUUGCACAGGUUCACCCAGACAAGAAUAAGCAUCCGCGAGCAGAAGAGGCCUUCAAGGUACUGCGGGCAGCCUGGGAUAUUGUCAGCAAUCCAGAGAGGAGGAAGGAAUAUGAAAUGUGAGUGGACUGAAAUCCAUUUGGCCACAAUGUUUUGGAACUGAGUCCACAUUACCUGUGGACUGGGAGGGUGCUGCUUUCAAAGUAAGGCCAUAUUUAAUGGGCAGGAAGAUCCAUUGCAAAUGAGGCCCUGAACAUUGGCCUCAUCUUGUGACCAAGAGUUAUUUAAAUGUUCCAGAUGUAUGCAAAAUGCUGCCCUGGAAAUGGAAAAUGGAAAGGUGGGGUAUGAUUCUCUUAAAUUAUUAACUCUCCUACAAAUAGCCAAUCAGGCCCUCCUGAGUGCCCAUCAUGGGGUUGUUUAGGAGGAAAUGCAUCUCUAACACACUAUUAAUAUGCACAGGAGCACAAGUAUUCACAGCUGGAUACAGAUGCUCAGGAUAAAUGGUUUUGAAAAUGAGCUUGUACCUCUAACUGCUGCUUGUGUUGAUCUCUGCUUCUGCUCUCCCUUAGAGGUAAAGGCCAAUACUGUGGUGGCACCUUAUCCUUUAUCUAAUUGAAGAUAAAGGGACCCCUGACCAUUAGGUACAGUCAUGACUGACUUUGGGGUUGCAGCGCUCAUCUCGCUUUAUUGGCCGAGGGAGCCGGCAUACAGCUUCCGGGUCAUGUGGCCACCAUGACUAAGCCGCUUCUGGCAAACCAGAGCAGCGCACGGAAACGCCGUUUACCUUCCCGGUGGAGCGGUACCUAUUUAUCUACUUGCACUUUGACCUGCUUUCGAACUGCUAGGUUGGCAGGAGCAGGGACUGACCAACGGGAGCUCACCCCCUCUCAGGGAUUCGAACCGCCGACCUUCUGAUCGGCAAGUCCUAGGCUCUGUGGUUUAACCCACAGCACCACCCGCGUCCCUAUAUCUAUAUCUAUAUAUCUAUAUCUAUAUCUAAUUGAAAGAAGUGUAUUAUCACUAGACUCCCCCCAUCCUCUGUGAAUUGUAGUAAAUUAAUGUAUCCAAAUUAGUAGAAAGAAGAAAUUGAACUCCUCUCCACCUGGCAAUUGUGCAAGGGCAUUAUCUGUAACUAGAUAGGAGUGCUGGAGAUAAGCUUACAGAGUGUGCUCUUGGCCUAAAGGCCUUCUGAGGAGAAGACCCAGAGGAGUUUGAGGUACUUACUGAGGCCAAGCAGCUGCUGCACUGCUUUGACUCCCAGCUCUUGUAGAAAAGUUUGGUGCUCUAAAAACCAGGCUUCAACAUGCUGGCUUGAAAGAGCCACUGUUUUGUGAGACUGGCUUCUGAGUAAGUAGGCUUAGAUUUAGAUUUGCAGCAUAGCUCCAGUGGGAAGGGUGUGGAAGGUCUAGAUUUCAUUUAGUUGACCCAAAUGGAAGGUGUAAUCAGCAAAAAAAAAAAGUUACCGUAUUUUUCGCUCUAUAGGACACACUUUUUCCCCUUCAAAAAUGAAGGGGAAAUGUGUGUGCGUCCUAUGGAGCGAAGAUGCCAUAGCCCCGCGACCCUCUCCCGGCUGGAGAGGUGACGUGCGGCUAUGGCAGGAGCCUCUAUAGCCGCGCAUCACCUCUCCAGCCGGGAGAGCACUCGCGGGGCUAAAGAAGCACUCCGCGACCCUCUCCCGGCUGGAGAGGUGACGCGCGGCUAUGGCAGGAGCCUCUCUGCUGCGCCUUUCCGCUGCUCCCUGACCUGCUCUUUGGGGCUGGUGGUGGGCUUCCCCGCCAGCCCAAACGAGCUGGUUGAACGGAACCUGAAGCGUGGAGCGCGAGAGGGGUCAGUGCACACCGACCCCUCACGCUCUCCAGGCUUCCAAGGUAGCCGCCUGAACGCACCUUAAACGGCACCUUGUUUCAGAGCGGGAAAACAAGAGGGGGAAAGUUCUCCCCCUCUCUGCGCAGCGCCUCCUGCCGCUUCGCUGAAGGGGCGCUGGGCAAAGAGGGGGAGAUUUUUUUUUUCUUGUUCUCCCCCCUCUAAAACAAAGUGCGUCCUAUUGUCCGGUGCGUCCUAUGGUGCGAAAAAUACGGUACUUCCAGUUAAUUGGGCAAUAGAUCUUUUAAAAGUAACAACAGCAGCAACAAUAAGGCUUCAUAAAAAAUGAGGAUGGAGGGCACUGUCUUAGAAGAGGCAUUUUCCACCUCUGCACUAUAUGAGGCAGAAAGGGGAUUCUGCGUCUAAAAUGUUGCAUGCUGUGAUAUACAGGUGCAUCAUCAAAACAAAAAAAAAGUGUGCUUUUAUUACAACUGUUUUCCCUGUAUGUAGAUGUAAUCAAUUGUUUAGCAGGCUAAUCAUUCAACUGUGAGUAGAUUAAUUGGGUAAGGUUUUUUUUUAACUGUUAAGAUCUGAAGUUCCUGCUACCUAGCAAGGAACAGUCUCAGGUCUAUUUAUAUCAGGCUUCCUCAACCUCGGCCCUCCAAAUGUUUUGAGACUACAAUUCCCAUCAUUCCUGACCACUGGUCUUACUAGCUAGGGAUCAUGGGAGUUGUAGGCCAAAAACAUCCAGAGGGCCGAGGUUGAGAAAGCCUGACUUACGUUAUUGUCAAUUCUUGUGCAAUUGUCCUUGCACCUUGGUCUGGGUCAGAGUCCUCCAGAGUCUAGUAUGUUCUGUUGGAGGAUGCAGACACACUCUCAGGAAUAGCAGCAUGAUUUAAAUAAAACUCCUAGCCAUUCCUGUCACCUCAUGAGAAACUGGAUACAGCGAAGGAUACACACAUAUUUGGAGUUAGGCGGAGUUGCGUCAAAUGCAAGGCUGAAAUAACAACCAUGUGUUUGCUGUGUGAUCUAACUGAAGCCCAUGCUACACUGCCAGGGAGUAUCUGGGAAUACAUCGGGGAACAUUUUGUUUACUGAGCACACUAUAGUGAACUCCUUUCAAGUUCCCUGUAUAUCCCACAAUGCUUUGACAUGUUAUGAAAGUGUUCCUGCUUGUUUAAAACACUGGAAGAUUUCCCAAUAUGAGAAGCAGAAUGUAUCUGCAUCAGUUAUAUUUAGGAGUACCUAGCUUUGAAGUCACCAGUGUAAAUGCAGAGACAGAGUGGCAUAUAAGUUAGACAAGUGGCUGGGAGAGCUAUAUGCUGCUUCAGCGUAUAGCACUUACAGUGGUACCACUGUACCGGAACUCAGGCCGGGUGGCGGGGGGAAUGAAAUAAAUUAUUGGGACAGGCAAGUCAUGGAGCAUGUACAGAGUGCAUUUUCCCAUAUCGCUGAGUAAUAACAGCCUUCCAAGCAAAAACCUAUAACCGGAAGAUUCCUAAAUGCCGUUUGGCAAAGGAGUCCCUGUUGCAAAGAUGAGCCGCAACCCGUUCUCUUGUCCUCUUUCCGUACUCAGUUCCUUGAAUAAAGACCAGGCUUAUUAGCCACUCUGCUUCUCAAUAUACAGUGGUACCUCGGGAUAAGAACUUAAUUCGUUUUGGAGGUCUGUUCUUAGCCUGAAACUGUUCUUAACCUGAAGCGCCACUUUAGCUAAUGGGGCCUCCUGCUGCCGCCAUGCCGCCGGAGCCCGAUUUCUGUUCUCAUUCUGAAGCAAAGUUCUUAACCCGAGGUACUAUUUCUGGGUUAGCGGAGUGUGUAACCUGAAGUGUAUGUAACUUGAAGCAUAUGUCACCCGAGGUACCACUGUAUUUCUUACUGCCUGGUCCUAGUUGUUGUCACCUAGAAGAAAGUUCUGUUGCUUGAAGUGCUUAGUAUCGCAGCCUUAGUCUGCCAUUGUCCAGGUUUCUUUCUUGUACUGAUGCUACCGCCAUUGGCUUCUGACUUCCCUUGUUGCUCUUUUCAAGCAAGCGCAUGGCAGAGACAGAGCUGACCAAAUCCAUGAAUGAGUUCCUUUCUAAGCUUCAGGAUGACCUAAAAGAAGCCAUGAAUACAAUGAUGUGUAACAAGUGUCAGGGGAAGCACAGGUAAGUGGCCACUGCCGUUAUCUCCUUAAUGGUCCCACUAUUAUUUCAGGCCGGGUGCAAUAAUAGCAAGAGCAUGUCUGCUUUCCAGAGUGUGCAGUAUCUCAAUUCUUGCUGGGCAUUGCUGUAGCAAAGCCAUGUGGCAGAGGGACUGUAUACUGUUUCUAUUUGAUAAGAAAAAUGGUUCUAAGCAUCCAUUGAAAAGCUUGGGAAUGUGGACAGUAGCUGGAGAAGUUAAAGCAUAAGAAAAACAGCUGGGAAGGUUUCUUGGAGAGGGGAUGCUCUCAUUCAUGGCUUAGCUACCAUUCCCUCUUCUUAGGGCUACUGAUUCUUCUAACAAUUUUUGGAUGUAGAAUCUCAGCCCCCUCUGAAAUGAAGAAACAUUGGAUGGGGAGGAGAGUUUUAAAGGUUCCAAACUCUAGAAAAUCAGGCGCACCCACCCACCCAUACUCUCUGGUCUCUGAUAAACUCUUUGUUGCUGCAGGCGGUUUGAGAUGGAUCGUGACCCACUGAAUGCUCGCUACUGUGCAGAAUGUAGCAAGCUUCAUGCGGCCGAGGAGGGAGACUUCUGGGCCGAAUCCAGUAUGCUGGGGCUGAAGAUCACCUAUUUUGCCAUGAUGGACGGAAAGGUUUACGACAUCACAGGUAAUGGCUCCACACUUCUGGACAAGUGGGAAUGGAAGUGAAAGGAAGGUGGUUAAAUGGGGUUUUAGAACUAUAUUCCCUUUUCCUCCCAUUGGAUACUUGCCAUUCAUGGAAUAGAUGAUGAGGUCUUUAUAGGCACCUUCUAUUCUGUUCAGCGUGGUAGAUUUUGAACCUUAAGUUAAAUCUGGGCAGCUCUGCGUUUUGUGCAGCGAACAUGCUUACUGCAAGCAAACACACCUCUCAUUCAAAACACAGUGACAACUUUGACCCCCAAAGAAGGACCCCUUGAGAAGGAUUUUUAAAUAGUUGGAUGGGGUGCCCUGUGAAUGAUAAAUCAUGCUGCUGCUGGGAUUGCGGUUACUGUUUAAAGGCAGGAGCUCGGAUUCUAAUGGCAUUCCUGCUUUCUCUGAGAGGCAAAUACCUCUCACCAUUUCAUAGUUUACUUCUUUCCUUUUUAAUGUGCAGAAUGGGCUGGCUGUCAGCGAGUAGGAAUCUCCCCAGACACACACCGUGUUCCAUAUCACAUAUCUUUUGGAUCAAGGGGCUCAGGAGGACGGCAGAGGUCAGUGAUGAAUGAUGUUGUUUAUUCGUUCCCCUUAAAAAAUGUUCUGUCCCCUAGUCUGCACACGGAUGAGUCCUUCCUUAACUUUUAAAGUGAUACCAGGCUCUGUGAACCCCAUCCAGAGACCUGUGUACUAUAUUCUGUGAGUGAGGAUUCCCAUUCAGUACAAUGUGGGGAGUGGAUCUGCUCCAUACAUACAAGAGGCCACAAGUGGUCCAGCUCCUAUAUAAAUACACGGGGGAGUGCUGGGCACAAUCAGAGCUCUUCUGCAUGGAGAUGAUCUGGGUUCUGAUGUCCUUAUACAACAUGGCUUGCCAGUGAUGGUUGUGUUAAAACAGCCUGUAUGCACAGGCAGGGAACAACUCAUCUUAGUUCUAAGUAUUUAGCUAACAGGUGUUCAGUUUUCUUUCUGUCUGCAGCUCGUGAGUCUAGGACUACUUCCCUGCCCCCCCCCCAAUUCAUUGGAAAUUUGGAACACAUUUUUCAUUGCAGUUGCCAGUUUCUAUGGGUUAGUCACGCGGGACGCAGGUGGCGCUGUGGGUUAAACCACAGAGCCUAGGACUUGCCGAUCAGAAGGUCGGCGGUUCGAAUCCCUGCGACGGGGUGAGCUCCCGUUGCUCGAUCUCUGCUCCUGCCAACCUAGCAGUUCGAAAGCACGUCAAAGUGCAAGUAGAUAAAUAGGUACCGCUCCGGCGGGAAGGUAAACAGCGUUUCCAUGCGCUGCUCUGGUUCGCCAGAAGCGGCUUAGACAUGGUGACCACAUGACCCGGAAGCUGUAUGCCAGCUCCCUCGGCCAAUAAAGCGAGAUGAGUGCCACAACCCCAGAGUCAGCCACGACUGGACCUAAUGGUCAGGGGUCCCUUUACCUUUACCUUUAUGGGUUAGUCACAGUUAUAAAGUGUUCCAGAUAACUUGCCUCCAACUCCUGUGCAUGAGCAGUGCUAGUUCUGGCCUUUUUCAAUAGGCUGAUACACUUUAGUACAGCAACUUGAAUGUAGAGUAUUUAAUACCCAGAGACCACAUUCUUGACCCUAGAGUCCUCAUAACCUGUGCUGAAACUGGUCCCAUUGAAACCAUAUAGAAAUUUGGCACCUUUUGCAUGUGGUGAAGAGGGUUCUGACAUAGUUGAAAGCUCCGAAGUGUACCUUCCACCUCCUGCUUUUACUGUUAAGCCGAGCUUCAUGGUCUGUGGCAGUCAGUGCUGGAUCUGAUAGUAUCAUUUGUUCUUCCCUUUCCUCUGCUCUCCCCAUCCCCUUCGAAAGAGCUGCUUCAGACGGCAGCCCUGCUUCAGCUGCAGAACUGCAGGAUUUCUUCAACCGCAUCUUCCAAGGGAACCACGGACAAAUGCCGAACGGGAACUUUUUCAGCACGCCCCAACCGCCGUCCCCGGGGAGCGUGCCAACCCCUCCUGCCCCUCCAUCAAAGGUGGACAGUACCUCCCAGAAAGGAGAUUCGAAGCAGAAACGGCGGAAGAAAGUGCGGCGCCCUUUUCAGCGCUGAGGACUCCACGAGAGUUGGGAGUGAAAUCUCCUAGGCCUGCUUGGAUGCCAGGCUUUCUACAUCAGGUAGCAAAAGGGCUGUUUCAAAAGGGAAAAAAGUGUGUUCUGGUUAGUGUCAAAAAUCCAGAUGACUCCGGCUCCUCUGGACUAAUCCAUAACCCGGUAACUUCCAGCUGGACAAAGACCCUCGUCUUUCCACUGCAAUUGUCGACACUGAUCCCGUGAUACCAAAGAGCUCCGACGGACGGCUUCCUGGAAGUGUCAUCAUGAAGAUGUGGCGUGGACAGGUGUUGGGAUGGAGCAGCCUGCCUAGAGCCAUGGGAUCUCCUUUAAGGUGACUUUCUCAAUGAGAUGCUUCUGUAAUUGUUCAGCAGUUUCCCCCUUCAGCAGGAGUAUGACUACCACCAAUAACAUUAGCUGAUUCUUCACUUUUAGUCCACAAGGACGCUUGGACUGUAACUUCUGCUGUACUCCAAUUGUCACACUAUCAGACACCUCCUAAGUCACCUGAGACUUGGAGGAAAGGUGAGCCUUAGAGGGUGCCUAGUUGCCCAGGAAAGACUUGGUUUGGCUGAUGGUAAUAUUAAGGCAACAUGUAGAAAAGAAGCAUAUAUCUUAUUGCUGUGCAAGAUUGGGAAUUAAAUUCUUACCCCCAUGCUGGGUGUCCUACAAACUAUACAAGAAGAGGGUCAAGGGAAUCGCCCCCCUCCUCCGGUAAAUAUCCCUGCUAGAAAAUAUUAAUUCAGUGCUUACCAUGCAAAAGAUUUAUCUAGGCCCCAAAGUUAGGAGAAGAUGAAGAUAGACUUUAGUUUUUCCAGGAGCUGCCCAAAUAUGAUGCAGAUACUCAGGAUUAUACCAAAUGGUCUUUUUGCUUCUACGUUGAGUCAAAAAAUGUUCCACAGUUCUGUUGCAAGACUACUGAAAGGAGGUAUCCUGCACCACCCCAUAAAGCAAAUGGUCACGUCUGGCUUUGGAUGCAAAGUGACUCUUGGAGAGAACCGGGUCCCUGUCUUUCUAAAGUGCUUGGUUUGCUCUUCCCUGAUCCUGGGAAAUACAUGCUGUUUGCCUCUACUGUCCAAGGACUGUGAUCAAAUCAGUUAAGAAACUGGUGGAUUAAACCCCCAAGAUUUAGCAUGGACAGUUUGCUCUUAACUGUCCAAACUUGUUUUAUUGAAGGUUACUUUUUUUAAAAAGUUCAGAUUUGUAUGUACAUACAUAUAUUUAAUACCAUGUGUAUUCCCCUUUCUAUAAAUAUAAAUGCCUUGGAGAGUCUUGGCCUUGGAGAAUCAUUAUUACCUUUUCCUUUCACAAUGCAGCUACACAUUUUCGGAAUUUCUUGCUUCGCUCCCCCCACCCCCAUCAUUUAAAGGAGAGGAUUAAUGUUAUCCCUGGAUUUGUCUUAUGGUGGAAACUAAUGACAUUAACUGGCAGAUGAAGCUGUGCAAAUAGCUGUACUUAUAAGCUCUAGAUCCAGUUUAUUAAAAUUUAGGAGGCAUAUACGCAGUUACACACACUGCCAAUGGACUAAUUGCAAUAUGUGUCUAAGGACUUAUGUGUAAAUCCAGGAAUUGUUAGAAAGUUUGUGAAGGGCGGUAUCUAAAUUUAAUAAAGAAUAAUAAUAACUUCAGUACAGUUCUGUAGGCCAAAUUAAGGAGGCUGAAAAGAGUAACACCUUAAAGCGAGAGUUACACCCCACUCUUCCAUUAAAUAAUGAUUAAGUAGUGAUAUUUUGCUACCUUAUGUCCUUGCUUGCAGGGGAGGAGUACAGCAAAUCCACUACUUCUUUCAUAAUGGUAUUGUAGAGAAGCCGUUAUCCCACGAUUCUCUCCUCCUUAGGGCUUGUGGGUUGAGCUCCAAGCAGCUGAGGGAAAAGUGCAAGGAAGUCCCCGAAUCAUUGCAUCUCGCUGAUAGAAUGGGCAGCGAAUUUUACUCCCCAUGACAGAGCUUUUUAGCAGCCUGUUGGCUUACCAGCAAAGGAGAGAAAGUGCUAGCGCUAGCAUGUGCUUUAACGUUAAGCCCAAUAUCUUCACCACACCCUGCUAUUGCUGUGUCUCAUUACCUUUGCCACUUCUCUGCAAGUCUCUCUCGUCUACAUGUCUCUGCCAACUGACCUGCAGCCUUUGCUCAUUUCAUCCUCGUUUCUGUUUGGCUGGACUCACGGCAUUCAAACGAAAAUGCGUGGGGUGAAUUCUUGCAAGGCCCAAGGGAGAAGAAAAAACAGGAUGAUCUCUAAUGCAAGCUGUUUGUUUAUGCUAAAGUACCAGGUCACAUUCUGCAACUUCUUGGAGAAGGCUUGGCCCGUGAUGUCAGGCUGGCCUUGUCUUCCUGCUAUUCCUUUCCUUGGUUUAAAGGGACUCAAUUGCUAUCCUAGGCCUCCAAAACAGGACUUGUGUGUUUGUCAAGGCCUCACCUGAGCUAUUAUUUCUCUGCCUGAUCUUUUUCCCUUUUGGGUUAUCUUUUCAUCUUGGCUUGGUUGUUUUUUUUUUGUACAAGCCAUACAUUAUCUUAAACUAGAAGCAACCCAGUGCAGACUAAGGCUGUGGUUCUAUAGUACUUACCUGUAAGUGAGUUUAAUUGGAGUCAGUGAACUUAACCUCUGGGCAGAGAUGCAUAGGUUUACAUUGUAAGUCUGUUUAAAAAAAUGCAGUUUCUGGAUGCUGAUUGCAUCAGCUUAGUGGCUGGCUUUUGAUGUUGCUUUCUCUUGGUUGAGUCCAACCUGUUUUGGAUUUUUAAAAGAGAAAAUUGAACUGAGAUUCUGCAUUUCAGCACUUCUUGUUUUGUCAGUUGGUAGCUCUGUAAACAGGUGGUUGCAGCAUGCAACCACAGACGUUCUCCAGAAGGUGGUGCUCUAAAACCUAUUAUAGGAAAAUGAAACUACACAAAGGUAUCUCAAAGCUGUCCCCUGAAUCAAAGGGUAGGUCCUGCAAGAGACUCCUUUAUUUGUAUAAAUGUUUUAGUGAAUAUCCUGCCUCACCACGGACCCCCUUUUAUGAAGUCCCCAACAAAACUUACCAAGACACACAUGGAAGCUAAACAGAACUGCAACAGACCAAUGGCAUCAAUGUGGCAGCAUCAAAGGAAAAUUUCCUGCUUUCAAAAGGACCUUGUUGGAGUGUGUAAUGCACUGAACUGGCUCUGCAGCAAGUGCAUGUGCUAUUAGACUUCAGAAACAUUUUGCAGUGCACAGAUCUGUGGAGCUACUUGUUUCUAUUUAGGUCUGCCAUCAUGGGUGUGGAGAUGACAACCAAGAGCCAGAAACAUACGUUGAGAAGUGCAGUGAAAUUAUAAUUAGCAGGUUUGAGAUGGAAUUGAAUUUUAUUAUUUCGGUCACAGACCAGUUCCAGCCCACAUACAAUAUCAAGGAAGUCGUAAAACACGAUAGGGAUACAUUUGAAUUUGCAAUUAGGUAUGACAGGGACAAUACAUAUAUAGCAACAGUUAAAAAUAUAUAUAAAUUAAAACUUAGUCACUAACAUAUAACCUAAAAUUAUCAUUUAAAACCUUAAUGAUUAUGAUAGCACAGCUUGUUCCCUAAGUUUUAUGGCAAUCACACAGAAUUUGGCUACCCUUAACGUAAGGUUUGAGAUAGACCAAGACUCCGCUUAAAAAAAAUUAAAAAGUAGUUGAUAGUCACAGCGGGGUGGUGCAGGAAGGAACAAGAAAUAUUCCUUCAAGGUUUUUAUUGUUUGGAAUGAGCCUAUAUUCAGCGGUAUGGGGUGAGUGAAUAAAGUUUUCUGGACUUC